AUGGGCAGCAGCUCUGGGACCAUGCCAAGUGCACGGAAGACCGUCAAUAUUAGGAAUGUCGCCAGCGGGCGCCUGCCAGCCUGGGGGCACGUCGGCCCUCACGCUUACGACCAGGGCGUCCGACACCGCGUUGAGUUCGUACUCGGUGAACUGGCGAUGCUCCUCGCACAUACUGGACGUGAAAAAGGGCGAGUUCGGCUUGACCUCAUACAUCUGCCCCAUGCUCUGUGCUUCGCAGUCGUGCUGCAGCGCUGCACCGCCACCCUCCGAGCCAUCCGCGGCAGAGGGGUGGAGGCUGCACGCGAGAAGCUCGACAGCAGGCGCCAAGAGGUCCAGGAGCGCCAGCUCCUGGAGCAGAAGGCGGAGCCGCUGAGCACCGUGCUGUGGGCCAACCUGCUUCUCGACCUCCGCGCUGCGCUGCGGCCCGCCGGGCCCCGCCUGGGCUGCGACCCGUGCUUCAAGCGGGGCACCAGCGCUCGGGGCAGGAAGUGCGGUGUGUCCGCGGCGACGGGCGGUCUCCUCGGCGGAUCCGGUCUGAAGAGAGUGCAGCCUCUGCAGCUCCCUGCCGAGCACGUCGAGCUGGCGCAGGUGCAGUCGAUCACCUACCUGUACAUCGUCGGGCCCGAGGCCGACAGCGCGGCGGCCGACGCGCACUGCGGCGGCGACCUCUCGGCGCUGGACGCCGCCCAGGCCGCCUGCAGCGAGGACCCCGGCUGCACCAUGCUGCUCGCGGCCGGCUGCGACGACGAGGCCUGGCGGACCUGCACCAGCCAGCCGUUCCUGGUGUACUCCGCGGGCCCGGGCACGGACGCUUGCACCAUGCUGAAGGCAGAGGAAGUGACGGAUACCAGUUCCACCACGAGCGUCAGUCUGGUCGCUUCAGACACUACUACUACCGCCACAUUCACGGCCGGCAUCUACGUGGGUGGUCCGAGUGUGGGGUCGGACACGUUCGAGGGCCGCUGCCACGGCGCGUGGUCGACGCGUGAGCACGCCCAGGCGGCCUGCGACGCCGAUGCGGGUUGCUUCUUCUUGUUCUCCUGGGACUGCCAGCCCUGGGCGUGGCUUCCCUGUGGCGGCCUCGACGACCUGUCGGCGAUGGUCGCCGAAGCCGCUGCCGAAACGGAGGACGCGGCGUCUUGCACGGAAGUGUCGAUCUCUUUGGUCACCUCUUCCGACACCAGCACCAGAACGUUGACCACGCGGACUGCCACGCAGACGAGCUCGUCGAUGACCACGCAGACGUCAACGCGGACGGCCACGCAGACGAUUCUUCGGUGA